AAACACCUCAGCGCACCUUUCGUGUUGGAAUCGACGUGACGCAGUUACUUUUAGCCACUACUCGACGAGGAAGGAAGAACACCUUCUGUGGCAUUUCAAGACAAACUACAGGUAGCAGCCAUGGCAGCACCAGAAGAAUGGCUUGACGUCUUUAAAACCGAAAUCUGUGAAGAGUUCAGUGACAGAUGGACCUUGACUGAGGUUGAAGACUUACCCCACAUCAAUGACGCCAGAAGAAAGGGAUGGCAGCUGUUCAUCGACAAAGCCAAGGUGAAGUUCGAGUGCAGUGAUUGUGACAACGACUGGACCUCCGUGAAGGGACAGGUCAUCUUCCACUACCGCUUAAAGCGAUGGAGGUGGAUGACGAAAGGUCAAGUGAAAAUGUUCCUACCGGGACAGAUGUGCCAGUAUUGUGCAGAUGGUUUUGAGCCCCCAGAGUGGUACGAAGAAGAAAUGGUCAAGGUAAUGCAGAAUCUCCGAAGCAAGAUUGAGGAGGAGUUCUAUGAUGGGCCCCCAGUGAAGCUGAACAAGGGGCGAAGAGGGGCACAUAUGAGCAGCCGACACGAGAGUCAAUAUUGCCAAGCAUGUCAGAUGGGCACGUGUGGACAUUCUAAUGAAUAGAAUAGAAUAGGGACUAUAAACACCUUUCCACAAACGAUGGCAUUAUGUCCCUAACAAUUAUAUCAUCAUACGACAGUUCCUACAGCAACGGCUAGUAUAACCUCCACCAGUAGGUUAUGUUUGCGAGUCCACCGGAUUUGGGGUCAGUAGAGCCUAUGGUAGAACUACAACUGAUGCCUUGACGUUUGGUGUCAUCUCAGAGAGCAACUUUGGGGUUCAUAGAGAGAUGUAGGUUUGAGCCAUAUAGCAGUUUUCUUCCGAACUGAUGUGCUUUUGUUUGUGAGUUUGAUAACUGAAAACAUAAUGGGUGGGUUGACAUGAGUUUUGGCUUGUGAAUGAAGCGAGUUUAGAUAAUAUAUUAGGCAAAUCAUCUAGUGGAACCGUGGACUAGUUGAGCGGAGAAUACAGACAUGCCUCAGAUUAGUAUAACGUUACAACUCGGAAGUGUUGACUUGAAUUUCCGAGAGGACUAUCUUUAUAUCGUUUACUUUGAGAUAGGGUUUCUCUGUUGCAGGAGUCACUUCCAACCAAGAACUAACAGCCAUUGCCUUAUUGCAUAACAUCAGCAUUGUAAAUCUGUCCCUAUUAUAAAUAUGAUGAUGGUGAUUUUUAUGUUCUGGGCUAAUAGCUGAGACUUUAUAAUUGUUGGCGUAUCACUGUUUCUACCAGCAUGCUUGAAGUGAUGCUAGACGCUGAACCUUUCUGUAUUGUUCGUAGCCAAGAAUGCGUAAAAAUAUUCUCACUAAGUACUGACAU